AGCUAAAAAGUGUUACAUUCCCCUAUGUAUGGAGACCUGUGUCACGGAUUUCCCGUCGCACUGAGCACUGCAGUGAGCAGCGUGCUCAACAGUGACAGCGCGUGCUUCCUGGGUUACACUGACUUUGUUUACUUUGACGUGUGUUUUGUUUUCUGUCCUGUCUCCGCCCCUGUUGUGUUAUUGGAUAUUUUCUCAGCUGUUCUCAUUUCCCACUUUUAUUUCAUUUAGUAUUUAAACCCUUUGUGUGUCUGUAGAGGUGAAGUACUGUGCGUUUCCUUGUUUUGCUGCCAGAGCCAUACUAAGCCUUUGAUCUUUGUCCUCGUUUCCCGGUGUUUUGAACCUGUUCUCGUCCUCGAUUCUCAUCGAAGCCCUGUUCAUGCACGUUUGCUGAUUGCCUGACUCCUUGCUUUUUUUUUUACUACGUUUCUGCCUUGCAUUUUGGAACUGUCUUCCUAUGUAUUUAAUAAAAGCUUUAACUGCACUUGCAUCCAUCUCCAACUCCAUUACAUGACAGAAUACUUCACCUCCAACAUGGAUGCAUCAGGAAAGCAGAGGAGAUGUCACACCAGUUUAGCAAUGCCAUCGUUCAACUCAGUCAUGUUUCCUCAGUGGACUGCCAUGAGUCCCCCGGACCCGUAUGAUGGUUUUUUGGUUAUCCCGAAUAUUUUCUUUUCGACUGCCAAUGCAAUGGCUAGAGUUUAUUUUGUCCCGGUUCUUUGGCCCAGCCCCCCAGUGGGUGGAGUUUCCAGUGACCACAAGAUCCAGUGGACUUAGCAAUAUAACUCAGUUUGUGGGACUAUUUGUGAAGGUGUUCGGGAGCCCAGAGUACACCCCCCAACCUGGAAAAUCUUUUGGGGGAGGCCAGCCUGUCGGAUCCUGUCAUUCACCACCUACUAUGAGCAGGCUGACGGGACGGCCUAAACAGCCCAGCUCCAGCCAGAGGCUGACAGGGUGGCCUAAACAGCCCAGCUCCAGCCAGAGGCCAACAGGGCGGCCUCAUCUCCAGAGCUCCAGCCUGAGACCCACGAGGUUGUCUCCCCUGCAGAACUCCAGCUGGAGGUCAACGUGACAACCUCAUCUCCUGAGCCCUAGUAUAAGACAGAUGAAGUGGUAUAUCCAGCCAUGAUCCUGAUAGAGGUCAACAAGGCGACCUCCCAGGUUCAGUUCUAGUUAGAGGUCGACGGCGUGGCCUCCUGAGCCAUGUUCCAGUCAGAGGCAGACGAGACGGUCCACCGAGACAUGCUCCAAGUCUGGGGAUGAAACGGUUACCAGUUUCACGAUAAACCAUGAUAAAAUACCCUGACGUCAGAGGCUGAUGAGACGGCCCACCGAGACAUGUUCCAAUCAGAGGCUGAUGAGACGGGCCACAGAGACAUGUCCCAAUCAGAGGCUGACGAGACGGGCCACGGAGACAUGUCCCAAUCAGAGGCUGACGAGACGGGCCACGGAGACAUGUCCCAAUCAGAGGCUGACGAGACGGGCCACGGAGACAUGUCCCAAUCAGAGGCUGACGAGACGGGCCACGGAGACAUGUCCCAAUCAGAGGCUGACGAGACGGGCCACGGAGACAUGUCCCAAUCAGAGGCUGACGAGACGGGCCACGGAGACAUGUCCCAAUCAGAGGCUGACGAGACGGGCCACAGAGACAUGUCCCAAUCAGAGGCUGACGAGACGGGCCACAGAGACAUGUUCCAAUCAGAGGCUGACGAGACGGACCACAGAGACAUGUCCCAAUCAGAGGCUGACGAGACGGGCCACAGAGACAUGUUCCAAUCAGAGGCUGACGAGACGGGCCACAGAGACAUGUCCCAAUCAGAGGCUGACGAGACGGGCCACAGAGACAUGUCCCAAUCAGAGGCUGACGAGACGGGCCACAGAGACAUGUUCCAAUCAGAGGCUGACAAGAUGGCCCACCACACCCUGCUCAUGCUUGAGGCCGACAACAUGGCCCACUAAUUCAAGCUCCUGUCUGAGGCCUAUGGCAAAGCCUCCCAAGUCCAGCUCACACCUGAGGAUGGCAACGUGACCUCCCAAGCCUUGUUCCCCCUCAUGACCCCGGCGAUCCUGCCCCAGCCUCAUGUCUUUUCCUUGACUCCUCUGGGAACCAGCUACUUUAUGGACAGUGUUUGCCUCUGGACCUGGUAGGCUGUGUGGACGUUUUGCACAGAGGGCCUGGACCGCUGGGGGGUGGGGGGUUGUUUUUUGGCGAACUCUGUCACGGAUUUCCCCUUGCACUGAGCACUGGAGUGAACAGUGUGCUCAACAGCCCAAAGCGCAACAGCGCACGGUUCCGGGUUUUCAUUGACAUUGAGUUUGUUUACUUUUGACACGUGUUUUGUUUAGGUUUCUGUCCUGUCUCCUCCCCUGUUAUGUUAUUGGAUAUUUUCUAAAUGUCUCAGCUGUUCUCAUUUCCCACUUUGAUUUCGUUUAGUAUUUAAACCCCUCGUAUGUCUGUUCAAGGCAAAGUACUGUGCGUUUCUGUGUUUUGCCGCCAGAGCCAUACUAAACCUUUGAUCUUUGUCCUCGUUUCCUGGUGUUUUGAUCCUGUUCUCAUCCUCGUUUCUCGAUUCUCUUCGAAGCCCUGUUUAUGCCCGUUUGCUGAUCGCCUGACCCCUCGCUUGUUUUUUGUCUAAGUUUUUGCCUUGCGUUUUGAAAUUGUCUGUCUGUCUCUUUAAUAAAAGCUUUAAAUUGCA